AUGCCUGCCAUUCGCCUCCUCUCCACCACUCUGUUCGCUGCCGGUACCUUGGCUGCUAGCCUGCCCUCCCUCGCGUCCCUCCAGGCCUCUUCCGGCAUUUGCGGAAGCGUCGGCGAGGUCAGCCUCAACAAGAUUGAGGUCUGGUCCGGGGCAACCAAGCUUGGAUUCUUGGCUCCUGACGUCUCGGGCCUGUUGGGCGGCGGGUACGGAAUCAUCAGCCCCGACACUUCCGACGCGCUGACUGGCGUGUUCACGUGCGGAGCUCCGACGAACCCUGUCACCAUGGGCGCCGCGAACGCGCAAACCGUGCCCGGCACCAACGUCAACGCCAUCGGCCUCAUCGCGCCGUACUACCCCAACGGCGGCUCUCCUGACCUGGCCAGCGGCGGCUCCAACUGGCUUGCGCUUGGAGCGACCUACGUGAGCCCCAGCGGUGCCAAACCCAAUGCGACCGGCAUUACAUUCGGUGACAGCCAGGCCUGGUUCGAAUCUUCUGUGUGGACUACGAGCGGCGGCUACGACGGCAACGGCAACUACCACGACUACAUCCUCCAUGAGUCCGAGUCCCACUGGGUCAACUCUGACGGAGAUCUGCCCUCGCUGUUGCUGGCUGCUCUACCGGAUCAGGGAGGCAUUGUUGUCACUGGCGACUUCAACGCUUUCGCCGACUCUUACAGCUAUGUUGGAAACUGGGUGGAGGUGCAACUUGCUAGCGCCCCCGCUUCGGACCGCGGUGGUCCGCCGCCACAGGCGACACUCGUCGCGGCCGUCGCCAUCAUUAACCCACUUGGUGCGGUCGACAGCGACGACAGCGACGACGACGACGACGCCUCCGUGAACGAGCACAGACAAGGCAGCCUUGACGCCGCCGACUCGGACGUCGGCGUUCGAGACCGUGAGCGCCGCUGUGCCGCCGCGGUUGUGCAUCUCGUGUUGUGA